CGCGCCGCAGCACGCAGCCCAGCGCGGUGAUGUGAGAGGCGGGCAGCCAGUGAGCAGUCGCGUCACCUCUCGGCAUGUUCGCCGCUCUGGUGCAGUGCGGGGGCGGCGGCGUCGGCGGUACCGCCUCCUGCUCCAUCGCCGCCAAGGCCAGCGUCUCGGCCGCCGACGCCAACUGUCAUUACGUCAAGGCGCGGGUCACGCCGAAAGAGGAGGCCGCGAUGCGCCUGAAGGACGCCGACUGUGCUGGUGUUGUUGCCGAGCCGCGUCUGCAUAUCCGUAACGCGUCGCAGCUGCCGCACAGUGACCGCAACCGGAACACGGCGGCCGACGCCGCCCACCUCCUCAUCAACAGUAACGGCACACAAUGGGCAAGCAACUACGAGGAGACGACGCAGACCAUUGUGAAGCACAGCAACAACUUCAACAACAACUGCAACAACAACAUCAGCGUGCGCCCGCGGUCCAGCCACAGCAUCGCCAGCUCGGAGUUCAUGUCCGAGUCCUCUCCAGAUGACAGCAUAGGCGACUACGAGGACCCCGGAGCUCAGAGCAGCAGUUGGUACGGCGCGGGCCACGACAGCGAGGCGUGCGGCGAGGAGGGCAGCGUGCUGAGCGUGACGAGCACGAGCACGAGCAGCAGCGGCUGCGGCGGGGGGCGGCGGCUGGGGCGCGCCUGCUACGCCGACGACAGCGACGAGUACAGCUCGGUGAGCAGCGACGACGGCAACUGCCGGCCGCCGUCUGCGCCCGCGCGCGGCUUCGCCAACCCCAACUACCCGGGCUUCCAGCACCUGGCGCGCAGGCUCGCGCGCUCCCCGGGCGCCGACGGCGACGACUCGUCGGCCGACGAGGUCGACCCGGAGCCGGAGCCGGAGCCGGAGCCCGAGGUCGACGACGACGACAACGAGGCCUGCAACAAUAACAACAAUAACAAUAACAACAACAAUAACAACAACAACCACGACGACAACAACAACCAGGAACAGGACGAGGAAGAUAUCCUGGCGAGCAAGAUAGACAGCAUCAACCACUUGGACAGCGUGGAGAAUCUGCAGAAGGCGUCGCUGUACGACAAGCCCAAGUUCAACAUCCCAGUGGACGGGGAGGUGGGCGAGGUGGUGGUGGUGAAGGACCUGAACGUGCCCACGCCCCUGCUGCCCCCAGAGGCCCCGGCAGCCGCCGCCAGCGCCGGCGCCGGCAGCAUGGCGCUGGCGCUCGCCGCCUCUGCAGACAAGAUGUCCGACGCCUUCCUGUCUGGCGCCAAGGACGAGCUGGCGCCCAUCAAGAUGGCCACCGGCGACGCCUCCUGCGCAGCGUCCGCCGCCGGCGCAGGUGAGGAGGACUCGAACCGCUUCGCCCCGGAGGGCGACGACACGGAGGAGACGGAGAAAUUCGCGCUGGAGCGUCGCGAGAAGGACGAGGUGCCGCGCAAGAAGGAGAAGAUGGAGGAGAUCAACUACAGCGUCAAGAAGGGCGGUGGCCAGGUGGACGGCCACCAGCCCGCGGGGGCGGCCGCGGGGGCCGUGGUGCGGCGGCGCGGCGGCGACGCCGUGGGCGGGGGCGGCGGGGGCAGCAGUCGCAACAUCUCCCACAGGAGGUCCGUGCCGGCCGCCAAGAAGAAGUCGUCCCCGGAGAUACUCGGAGGCUUUGAUGUCUACAACAUCGAGACUGCGAUGCCCAAGAUCGACCUCGAUGCUAUCGAGUCGCACCUGCGCGCUGCGAGGGAGGAGGAACGGCGGCGGCGCAAUGAUCGUGAGGAAAUUCGUAGGCGACUUGCUAUGGGCUCAGACACAGAUGAUUAUUAUAGUGGUGACCGCCCAGGCAGGAAACCUAGUCUGCAAGCAAGGCUUCAGAGUGUGAAUCUGUCCCCUACAGGGAUGAACCUGCAGAUUUGUUUUAUGAAUGAGACAGCAUCUGAUGUAGAUUCCCCCAGUUCGGACACAGAGACUUCAACGUGUGAUUCAGAGAAGAUGUCACUUUCAAGGAGUCAUACAUUACCAGCCAAGCAGCAGUGCACUUCUGCCACUGGAAACAGUAUGGGUGCAGCACGGCCAUCUGCAUCUCUCUUGACCCUGCCUUUACAGCAAAAAGAAUCUGAGUCAUCACAACCUCUUCCACCCCAGCAGCCACUGACAGAGGCAGACUUCUUUGCUCGACAGGCACGACUGCAAGCUGAGGCACGUCUGGCACUUGCACAGGCAAAGGAAAUGGCUCACAUGCAGAUGGAAGUAGAAAGACAGCGUCAGAAGAAGAGCCCGAUCACUGAAAUGGUGCGCUCAAGCCUAGAAAAGGUUGGCAUCCCAUUCCCAGAAGACAGAAGACGUGUUAGCAGACAGUUGCUGACAGAUAUGAAUGUUGCUCAACUUCAAGUUAUUGUAAAUGAUUUGCACACCCAAAUUGAAGUUUUGAAUGAAGGAUUGGUUAAGUUCCUGAUGGAUCGUGAUGAUCUGCACAUGGAGCAAGAUUCUAUGCUUGUUGAUAUUGAAGACCUCACAAGAUAUUUGGGUGCCAAAGAACAGUCAGUGAAGGAGCAACAAGAUGUUCAGCUGCUGAACCAGAACAACAAUCUUCUUUCACCCAAGCCAAAACUCAAUAGGAUAGCAGGCUUAGUGAAGAAGUAACACACAGUAAAAGUCAGAAUAAAUUAUGUAGACUGAAUCUCAUUAAUUAGCAAACUGAAAUUAUCAGUUGCUUUCCAACACACUGAUGUUCCGAUGGUGACAGACAAAAAGCAGUAAUGUGUUGAUGUGAUGUGUUUUGUUCCUUGUGAAAGUGGACAACAAACAGUGAGCAAUGAAAAUGGAAGAAAAGCAGACUAAUAGAUUUAAAAUUACGUAUUCAUGCUUAUUUGUUUCCACCUAAGCUUAAUGCUAAUUUUUGUAUUAUUAUGUCUCCCUUUUUGUAUGUGUAGGCUAUAAUUUAUAGUUGUCUCCAUGGACUGAUUUGUGUUAAGUUCUUCUGCAGUCUUAAGUAUAAAUUUCAUAUAAAGGUAAUAAGAACUCUGGAAACAAUAUUACUGUUUUCCAAAUAAUUUAUAAUUACAUAAACUUUGUAAAUUGCAACUGUAUUGUGUUCCACUAUGUACAGAGUCUGAGAUUUCAAACACGUAUCAUAACUGUACAUUCCAGUUUUAAGAAAAAUGCAUUUUAUUACAGCUGUGUAGCAUAAUUCAUCAAAAUAUGUUCUGCACAAGAACAGUGUAAUAUCAUUUUGAAUAUGACUGAACAGUUAAUAUCCCUAAGAUUACUAUAGUAGUUAUUCUGGAAACCAUUAACUCUGAACAUUUGAUAUACCAAGCGAUUGGAUUCAAGAUGUAAUUCCAAUAAGCAAUGUGUUUGGAAAAAAUAUUUCUUUACUGAAUUUUGGAUGUUCCUUUCAUAAUAUUUUGUACAUACAUUUACAUUUAAUAAUGAAUUAUAUAUGCAACAGUGAUUUUAGUUUUUGUAAGAAUGGAUAUAAUGUUUAUGUACUAUAUAUAUGUGUGUAUGUCAUUACUUGUACAACCAGUUUCAAGUAAUUUAAUGUGAACAGUGAGACAGAACACUUUUUCAACUAUUUAUUGACAGUAAUUUAGCACAGAAUGUGGCCAAAGUAAUUCAUAGGUUUCUAUUUUUCUUAUUCUUAUGCAUUACUACUGCGAAAAUUGUGAGCACUGUAUCAGUGAUGUGAAAGCAUUACCCUGUUUUUAUCAAGGGCAGUUCAUAGAUAUGCCAUUUCAAAUAGAGCAGCAAAUCCAGUAAAUUACUUUUUGCAACACCAUGUGACCUGGCAUUCGGCAAUUAUAAUUUCAAAUUCUUACAAUCAAAACCUGAAACCGACAUGUUGAUAAAUUACUUCAAUUCCAUGCCUACUUUUACUUUAAUAUCAUACAUGAAUUGCACUUUGUAUUGUCCUCCUUUGCCACAUAAGACAAAUGCCCGAAAUAUAUUGAUUCGAGAUAACUUUUGUGGUUAUUACAGCAAGUUGCAUUUUUUGUACAUGUCUUCAUCAUGUACUAGUAAUUGAUGUAAACAGAGGAAUACAUCACACACACAAAGAGAAAGAGGAGAAAGGGAGUGAGAACUACAGAAAUUAGUGACAGGGUCAAUAGAGGCAGAGAAAGAGAAACAUAGAGAGUGAGAGUGGCAAUAUACGUAAACAGAAAGGAAAGAGAAGAAUUACAAUUUAAAGAGGAUGAAAUAAGACUGGAUGAACAGGAGUGAGGUCUGCAUCCUACUUUCUUGAAAAUUUUGGAAUAUAUGCUAAUUAUGAGUUACUGAAUGGGAAACAGUAAGCUCUUCAGCACAGAUUGUUGAGAUCAAUACACAGAUGUGUUUCAAUUCAAUACAAGGAAUAUAUUUCACAUGAAAAAAAUUGUUGUAUGUCUUAUUACAUGCAUUUCAGGGUAACUACUCAGGUUUUAGACUGAGAUAAAACAGUGGCAGAGAUAGUAUUGCAUGGGCAGCAUGUACUGUGACAAUGGACAGAUUAUGAUAGUUAAGAUUUUUGUGUGCACUUAUUUUUGCACCUGUUCCUUGCAGGGCGGAAAGACAGCAGUGCUUAAUCAUUAUGUUGGCAGGAAGAGUUUAGAACAGAUUAUGUAAAAAUGAUAGGGGCCAAAUACCAAAUAUAUAAUCAGAUGUUGGUAAAUUAACUGGAAAAACUGUUUAUUGGCAAUCAUUCUCAGGUAAAGGUAGCAUGUGAAUUACUUUUAAGUCAACAAUUCAUGUUCUAAGAUUUACUGCAUGAGAAAUAAUAUCUUGACCAAACUGAGGAUACAGAACAUUUGCAUUAUAUGGAAAAGAUGAAAUGCCACUCUCUCAAAGAUUGGGCAAUUUCUGGACUCUGUAGGAUAUGUCGGUGUCCUGUAAGCUGCUGGGGGACCUGUCACUAGAAAUUUAAUGUGUGGAAACUAUUUAAAUUGCUGAGUUAUUUUCAGGUCACAUGUGUUUUAAGUAGUGUAGUGCUCUCUUCCUACAACCUAUACAGGUUAGUGUGUUCUCAUUAAGGCCAGCCUUUUAACUUCUUACCAGUAGUCACCUGCACAGUAGGAAUAUGGAUACAGAAGUAGUAUUUUUAGUGCUUUAUCAAUACCAUUGAUUUCAUUCAUAAAUCUUUUGAUUUAAAUUCUAAAUAAGUCAAAAAUAAAAUGGAAUUCCUUCUUUUUUGCUAUUGAUUUUCAUAUUUAUUGUUUCUUCAUACCUUCAUCUAUUAGUGCUUUUUAUUAUUAUUUCUUCAUUUCAUGUCCUCGUCAUCAUUUGUGUGGGCUUCUGUCUGAUCUGGCAACUGUUUUGUUUUUGAUACUUCCUGCCCCUGUCUUCUCAAUUUUUAAAUAUUUCAUUUGUCAAAACAUCAUCAUUUGCAUUCCAGUUUAUAACAGUACAAAAUUUUAAUGAAGAUAUAAUUAAUGUUCAGCUUCAAUACCAUUAGUAGCAACAGAGGCAAAAUCAGUUUGGAUGAUUAAAGGCAUUUUCAACUAUAAAAGUGUCAUAUCAAAAAUUGUGCUGAACUAAGAUUUACUGGUGAUAUAUAUUACAUAAUGGCAUAUUUAUGAAAUUAUUGUUAAUUGAAAUCUUUGACUAUGUCUUGAGAUAGCUCAGAAUUAAACAUUCCAUGAACUAUUCACACGUUCACACCCACUUCUAUCAUUUCUAACCCAUCUGAAACAUUUAAUGCUUUCUGUGCUAGUGUGAAUGUUGAUGCUAAUUGUUGUAUGAAAGAUUAUAUUAAAUUAUUGUAAAUAACAUUUUUAGACAUGUUAACAUCUGUCCUGUAAUUUCAUGUAUUUUAGAUUGGAACCAACUUAAUGUAUGACAGUGGUUUUCUGUGUGUGUGUGUGUGUGUGUGUGUGUGUGUGUGUGUGUGUGUGUGUUUUGUUUGAUUCCUGUUCAGUUGUAUAAAGAUGUGAUAACACGUAGCUGCCAUUUGAUCUGUCAAGUCUUCAAUACAAGGUCAUGUGGAUACUGAAUUAAUCCAAUGCACCAUAUAUUCUGUAGUGAAAGUAGCAAUCUGAAUAUAUGUUGUUGAUACUGAAGCUUGUUAUCUGCUGCUUAAAUGCACUCAAAACAUAUAACUGUUAACUUGUAAGUGCAUCAUUUUACAUGUUCCAGGUCUCUUAGACUAGGGGCCAAAUUGUAACUGUGCAUCCACAUCAUAUUAACAGAACUUGCUAUAUGCAGCUUUAAAGAUAAAAUGUCUCUCAUUAAAAUGCUUUGUGAUAUUUGUUAAAUAAAAUAAUGUGAUGUCUUGCUUGUUCUGGGUGAUUGCAGGCAAGCUCCUCCAGUUCUGUUGUACAAACAUGUCAAAACUGAAUGAAAGAGAAAUAAGAAUAUUUGCAGCCAUAUAA